UUCACCUUCAAGCUCCGAGGAUGCUCGAUCCUCUACACCUUCGAUAAUGCAAUGUUAUACGGAGCUGACACCUCCUACAGCUGUCACACACUCUUUAAGCUUGCCAUUUGUUUCCGCGACUUCGAACAAUCUUAUCGUCGCCAAAACCUCCUUACUCCAAAUCUUCUCCACGAAAACCAUUUCGAUUGAGGUCGAAGGUCCUGCAGCUAAAGAUGCAGCAAAGCGGGGAAUUGCAUAUGACCCAACGAUCAACGAUGAAGAUGGACUGGCAGAUUCUUUCCUGGGCGAGGAUUCAGCGAUGCGUGUUGAUCGGACAAAGCAAACGAAGCUCAUUCUGGUCGCCGAAUACACACUCUCUGGAACGAUAACAUCACUCGUACGGAUCAAAACUCUGUCUUCUAAAUCAGGGGGUGAAGCUUUGCUGGUUGGUUUUAGGGAUGCAAAGCUCAGUCUGGUGGAAUGGGACCCGCAACGUCCUGGCAUAUCAACGAUUUCUAUCCAUUACUACGAGCAGGAUGAUCUUCAGGGCAAUCCGUGGGCACCGAGCCUUAAAGAUUGUGUCAAUUACCUGUCAGCGGAUCCUGGAAGCAGAUGUGCUGCACUCAAGUUCGGAGCCCGAAAUCUGGCCAUUCUGCCUUUCAGACAGGAUGAAGAGGAUGCCAACAUGGAUGACUGGGACGAAGAGAUGGAUGGACCUCCGCCUGGGGACAAGACAGUAUUCAAAACCAUGAAUGGGGAUAGCAAAAAGGAGGAGACGCCGUAUGGUUCCUCAUUUGUGUUACGACUUCCGGCUCUUGAUCCCAAUCUUACUCAUCCCAUUCAUCUGGCAUUCCUUUACGAAUAUCGGGAACCAACUUUUGGAAUCAUCUGUUCUGCAACGUCUCCCGCAUCAUCGCUUCUUAACGAGAGGAAAGACAACUUAACAUACAUGGUUUUCACCCUGGAUCUUCAUCAAAGGGCCUCGACGACCAUUCUCUCGGUGAGUGGCUUGCCCUAUGACUUGUUUGAAGUUGUUCCACUACCGGCACCCGUCGGUGGAGCACUUCUUGUUGGCUACAACGAAUUGAUACAUAUCGACCAAUCUGGAAAAGCUAAUGGGGUCGGAGUGAACAUGUUUGCCAAACAGAGCACAUCUUUUGCACUUGUGGAUCAGUCAGAUCUCCAAAUGCGAUUAGAAGGAUGCAAAGUAGGGCAACUCUCGAUCCAGAACGGAGAAAUGAUAAUUAUCCUGCAGACCGGAGAGCUGGCAAUACUGAGUUUCCAUGUUGACGGGCGGUCUGUUUCUGGUCUAAGCGUUCGCCGAGUCUCCAGCGAAGCAGGAGGCUCGCUCAUUCCUGGAUGUGUCUCGUCGAUAAGCUCUCUUGGUCAGAACAGUUUCUUUAUUGGAAGCGAGCGUGCUGACUCCAUCGUCCUCGGCUGGACCCGGAAAUCGAAUCAACUUUCCCGCCGGAAAUCCAGGUUAGACUUGGCCAAUGAGGAUGACGUUCUAGAUGACGAUGAGGAUGAAGAGGAUAUCGAUGAAGAUGCUGACGAUGAUUUAUAUGGAGAUGGUCCAUCAGUAACACAAGCUUCUAAUGGCGCAAGUCAACCAGAUCCAUCAAACACAAAAGCAGGGGAUUACAUCUUCUCGAUGCACGACUCUCUGGUGAACAUUGGCCCCAUAACAGAUGUAACGCUAGGCAGCUCCAACGUCUAUGCCGAUGAAAUGGAGAAAUCAAACUUCGAAGGUGUGACAAGCGAGCUGGAAUUGGCGGCUGCAGUUGGCAGAGACAAAGCUGGAGCAGUUGCUAUUGUUCACCGCAAUAUUGAACCGAAAGUCAUUGGCAAAUUUGAAUUUCCUGAAGCGCGAGGGAUAUGGACUAUGAGCGCCAAGAGACCUACAGAAAAGGGCCUCGAGGCCAGCAAAGAGAAAUCCGCAACUAGUGGUGACUAUGGUGCGGAUGCACAAUAUGAUAGGUUAAUGAUAGUAUCGAAAGCUCUGCCUGACGGAAACGAAAUAUCGGACGUCUAUGCGCUAACUUCGGCGAAUUUCGAAGCGCUUACAGGCACUGAGUUUGAACCUGCUGCUGGACCGACAAUUGAAGCUGGAACAUUGGGUAAUGGCAUGCGUGUCAUUCAGGUACUGAAAUCUGAAGUUCGAAGUUAUGAUGGUGAUCUCGGCUUGGCCCAAAUACUGCCCAUGUAUGACGAGGACACCGGGGCGGAGCCGAAGAUAGUCAGUGCGAGCUUUGCAGAUCCGUAUCUGUUGCUAUUUAGAGAUGACUCAAGCAUCUUUGUUGCUCAAUGUGAUGACAACAACGAGCUAGAGGAAAUUGAGAGAGAAGACGACGCCUUGCUCGCCACCAAGUGGCUGACUGGGUGCUUGUAUGAUGAUACGACGGGUGCUUUUGCACCAGUGCAAUCCGACAAAGGGUACAAGGCAAAAGAGAGUGUGAUGAUGUUCUUGCUUAGUGCUGGAGGAGCUUUGCACAUUUAUGCUCUGCCCAACCUUUCCAAAGUGGUCUACGUAGCUGAAGGUCUAUGCUUCGUACCUCCGGUUCUCUCGGCAGAUUAUGCCGCCAGACGAUCUGCUGCUCGCGAGACUCUGACCGAGAUCCUCGUUGCUGAUCUUGGCGAUGAGAUCUCAACAUCUCCAUAUCUGAUUUUACGACCUUCCAAUGACGACUUAACGAUAUAUGAGCCCUUCCGCAUGAACUCUUCUUCAACCUCAAACACACUCUCAUCAACGCUUCAUUUUCUAAAGAUCCAUAAUUCACAUCUAGCCCAGAACCCAGAUGUCGCUGCUGAAGAAAUUGUGGACGAGGCACAAAAUACGAUGAAUGAGCCAAUGCGUGCUGUUGCGAACCUAGGCAGCUACAGUGCAGUCUUCUUGCCGGGUGGAUCGCCCAAUUUUAUCCUCAAAAGUUCUAAAAGCACACCUAAAGUUAUCAACUUGCAAGGUGUUGGCGUCAGAGGAAUGAGCAGCUUUCAUACGGAGGGCUGUGAGAGAGGUUUCAUCUACGCAGACGUAAACGGAAUCGCACGAGUUGCCCAAUUGCCUCCUGAUACGAAUUUCGCGGAGCUUGGAGUAUCUCUUCAAAAGAUGACCCUUCAUGAAGAUGUCCAUGCUAUCGCCUACCAUCCUCCAAUGCAAUGCUACGUUGUAGGUACGAGCAGCCCAGCCGAAUUCGAGUUGCCAAAAGACAUCGAUUACCACCGCGAAUGGGCCCAAGAAGAUAUUGUGUUUAAGCCAACCAUGGAGAAGGGAUUCCUGAAGUUGAUUAAUCCCAUCAACUGGACAGUUAUCCAAACCAUUGAGCUGGAUCCCUCCGAGGUUGUCAUGUGUGUCAAGACUCUUAAUCUCGAGGUCUCAGAAACCACCAAUGAGCGAAGGCAACUAGUGACGGUUGGGACGGCCAUUACGAAAGGCGAAGAUCUGGCAACAAGGGGGCGGAUUUAUGUCUUUGAUAUCGUCAAUGUCAUCCCUGAGCCAGACCGGCCAGAAACGAACAAGAAGCUGAAAGAGAUAGCCCGGGAAGACAUUCCUCGAGGAGCUGUAACAGCAGUCUCAGAAAUCGGCACCCAAGGAUUUAUGCUGGUCGCUCAAGGCCAAAAGUGCAUGGUGCGAGGUCUGAAAGAAGACAAUAGCCUCUUACCUGUAGCAUUCAUGGACAUGAACUGCUACGUAACGACCAUGAAAGAGCUCCCUGGCACCGGGCUCUGCGUUUUUGGAGACAUCAUAAAAGGCAUAUGGUUCGCCGGCUAUACCGAAGAACCCUAUAAGAUGAUCCUAUUCGGCAAAUCGAGCAAGAACAUGGAGAUCGUUGUCGCGGAUCUGUUGCCAGACGGGAAGGAACUACAUAUCGUGGCUGCGGACUCGAACUGCAAUUUGCAUGUUUUGCAGUACGAUCCUGAACAUCCCAAAUCCCUCCACGGGCAAAUCCUCCUCCACCGCACCACCUUCGCCCUAGGCGGCCACCUACCAACAACAAUGACUCUCCUCCCCCGCACCAAAGCCCCAUCCCUCCUGCCACCCAGCCCAGACGCCAUGGACAUCGCGGCCGAUGCCACAAUCCCAGAACACGAGAUCCUCAUUACCAGCACUACAGGUUCCAUUUCGCUCCUCUCCCCUCUCUCGGAGUCCCAGUACAGGAGAUUAAGUACAUUGGCAAGUCAUUUGACGAAUACGCUGUAUCAUGCGUGUGGUCUGAAUCCGAGAGCGUAUAGAGUGGAUCGCGAUGCGCCGGAUGGGAUGGUAGGGAGCAGAACAGUGGUCGAUGGGAGUAUGUUGAUGCGGUGGGGGGAGCUGGGGAGUCAGAGGAAGAGUGAAGUGGCGGGUAGAGUGGGCGUAGAUGUUGAAGAGGUGAGGGAAGAUUUGGUUGCGUUGAUGGGUGGGUUAGGAUAUUUGUGACGAAAAUGAAAAUCGUCGGUCAAGGAAGAAAUAGUUCAGAUGUCGAACUUGCCAGAAGGGGUUGGGGGCACAUAUCCGAAGUUCCCGCUACCCCUACUUCCGGGUGACCGGUCGCUUGGAGAAUAUCAGGGUAGAAGAACGAAUGAAUCACUAAAUCUGUCUUCAAAAUUGCCACCUUAUCGAAAUUACAUCUAAUCCUCUCAAGUCACAAUUUCACAUCAAUUCAACGAAGG